ACGAGGAGGAGGAGGCGGAGGGGGGGGACGGCGACGAGAGGAGUAGAGAGAGAUUUUGUCUUGGCAGUGGCAUAUCCUGUUCUUGGGCGAGUCUGGUUUGUUGCCUAUUGUCGCCGUCGUGUAUACAGAAUUUGGUAGGGUAGGGCAAGAGGAGAGGAGAGACGGUGGAAGGGAAGGCGGGAGGGCGGGUGGGACCGACUGAAGGGUGGUGGUUAGCUGAGGAAGAGAGAAAUCCGCGAAGAUGGCGUCCGCUAGUGCUCCUAUUACCAUGAAGGAGGCGUUGGCCCUGACCUCCCUCGGGGUAGCGCAGCAGUUCAUCACCUUCACUCACGUCACAAUGGAGUCGGAGAAGUUCAUUUGUGUGAGGGAGACGGCGCCUCAGAACAGUGUUGUUAUCAUAGAUAUGAGUCAGCCUGCGCAGCCGCUCAGAAGACCCAUCACGGCCGAUUCGGCGCUCAUGAAUCCGGCGAGCAGGAUUCUCGCUCUCAAAGCUCAAGUCCAAGGCGCCAGCCAAGAUGCUCUCCAGAUAUUUAACAUCGAGGCGAAGCUUAAGAUGAAGUCGUACCAGAUGCCAGAGCAGGUGGUGUUUUGGAAGUGGGUGACUCCUAAGAUGCUAGGGUUGGUGACGGCCUCCGCUGUCUAUCAUUGGUCCAUCGAGGAUGCGACGUCCGAGCCAGUCAAGGUGUUCGAGAGGCACGCGAGUUUGAAUGGCAAUCAGAUCAUCAACUACCGAAUCGACCCGACGGAGAAGUGGUGCGUGCUCAUCGGGAUUGCUCCGGGAUCACCGGAACGUCCGCAGCUGGUGAAGGGGAGCUUGCAGCUGUACUCGGUGGAUCAACAGAGGAGUCAGCCUCUGCAAGCACACGCGGCGGUUUUCGCGCCCUUCAAGUCGCCGGCGAGCGAGGUGCCUUCGGUGCUCAUCGCCUUCGCGACGAAGACGAUCGACGGCGGGCAGCUGACGUCGAAGCUUCACGUCAUCGAGUUGGGAGCCCAGCCGGGCAAAGGAACUUUCCAGAAGAAGCAAGCGGAUUUAUUCUUCCCGCCAGAUUUUGCGGACGACUUUCCCGUUGCAAUGCAGGUGUCGCAGAAGUACAGUCUGAUCUAUGUCGUGACGAAACUAGGUCUCCUCUUCGUCUACGACUUGGAGACGGCCACGGCCGUGUACCGGAACCGAAUCAGUCCGGACCCCAUCUUCCUCACCACCGAUGCGCCGCAGGUUGGCGGGUUCUAUGCUGUCAAUCGGCGGGGUCAAGUGUUGUUGGCCACGGUGAACGAACAGACCAUCAUCCCGUUCGUCAGCUCGCAGUUGCAGAACCUGGAGUUGGCAGUGAAUCUGGCGAAGCGCGGCAAUCUUCCCGGUGCGGAGAAUCUGGUCGUUCAGCGAUUCCAAGAGCUGUUUGCUCAGAUGAAGUACAAGGAGGCGGCGGAGCUGGCGGCGGAAUCGCCGCAGGGCUUGUUGCGAACUCCGGAGACCAUCGGCAAGUUCCAGAGCGUCCCUGUGCAACCCGGGCAGACCUCCCCGCUCCUGCAGUACUUCGGGUCGCUGCUGACGAAGGGCUCGCUCAACGCCUUUGAGUCGUUGGAGUUGUCCCGCCUCGUCGUUAAUCAGAACAAGAAGAAUCUGCUGGAGAAUUGGCUGGCGGAGGACAAACUGGAGUGCAGCGAGGAACUCGGCGAUCUCGUGAAGACCGUAGAUUCGGACAUGGCGCUGAAGAUCUACAUCAAGGCGAAGGCGACUCCGAAGGUGGUCGCGGCGCUUGCGGAGCGCAAGGAGUUCGACAAGAUCCUCAUCUACUCCCAGCAAGUCGGCUACACGCCGGACUACCUCUACCUUCUGCAGUCGAUAAUGAGAACAGACCCCGCGGGCGCAGUCGACUUCGCCUCGAGGAUGGCGCAGAUGGAGGGCGGCAGCCCGCUGGACGUGAACACGGUCGCGGAACUCUUCUUCCAGCGCAACAUGAUCCGCGAGGCCACGGCUUUCCUGCUCGACGUGCUGAAACCCAAUCUUCCGGAGCAUGCCAUGCUGCAGACCAAGGUCUUGGAAAUCAACUUGGUCACCUACCCCAAUGUUGCAGAUGCGAUUCUGGGCAAUGCUAUCUUCUCUCAUUACGACAGGCCGCGAAUCGCGCAGCUGUGCGAGAAAGCGGGACUUUACAUGCGAGCGCUUCAGCACUACACGGAUCUUCCCGACAUCAAGCGCGUUGUGAUCAACACGCACGCCAUCGAGCCGCAAUCCCUGGUGGAGUUCUUCGGCACGCUGUCGCGCGAGUGGGCGCUCGACUGUAUGAAGGAGCUGCUGCUUGUCAAUAUCAGGGGCAACUUGCAAAUCAUCGUCCAAGUGGCGAAGGAGUACUCGGAUCAGCUUGGAGCCGAUGAUUGCAUCAAGCUGUUCGAGAGUUUCAAGUCGUUCGAGGGGCUGUUCUUCUUCCUGCAGACGUACAUUGCGCAGACCGAAGACCCGGACGUGCACUUCAAGUACAUCGAGGCGGCUGCGAGGAUGAAUCAGCUCAAGGAGGUGGAGCGGGUGACCAGAGAGUCCAACUUCUACGACCCGGAGAAAACCAAGAACUUUUUGAUGGAGGCGAAGCUGAGUGACGCGCGGCCUCUCAUCAACGUGUGCGACCGCUUCAACUUCGUCCCCGACCUCACUCACUACCUCUACGCCAACAACAUGCUGCGAUACAUCGAGGGCUACGUGCAGAAGGUGAACCCGGCCAACGCGCAUCUCGUCGUGGGUCAGCUCAUCGACGACGAGUGUCCGGAGGAGUUCAUCAAAAACCUAAUUCUGUCGGUUCGCAGUCUGCUGCCUGUGGAGACGUUGGUGGAAGAGUGCGAGAAGCGGAACAAGCUGCGGCUUCUGACGCAGUUCUUGGAGCAUCUUGUGAGCGAGGGGAGCACGGACGUUCACGUGCACAACGCCUUGGGGAAGAUCAUCAUCGAGACGAACAACAACCCGGAGCACUUCUUGACCACCAAUCCGUACUACGAUUCUCGAGUUGUGGGCAAGUACUGCGAGAAGCGCGACCCGACGUUGGCGUGUAUUGCGUACAAAAGGGGGCAAUGCGAUGACGAACUCGUCAAUGUCACGAACAAGAACUCGCUGUUCAAGAUGCAGGCCAGAUACGUGGUGGAAAGGCAAGACGACGUUCUCUGGGGGAAGGUGCUCACGCCGGAGAAUCAGUUCAGGCGGCAGCUCAUUGAUCAGGUGGUGUCGACGGCGCUGCCGGAGAGCAAGAACCCGGAGCAAGUGUCGGUGGCGGUGAUGGCGUUCAUGAACGCGGAUCUGCCGCACGAGCUCAUUGAGCUUCUGGAGAAGAUUGUCCUCCAGAACUCCGCCUUCAGCGGGAACCCUAAUCUGCAGAACCUGCUCAUUCUGACGGCCAUCAAGGCGGACAAGACUCGAGUUAUGGACUACGUCAACCGGCUCGAGAACUUCGAUGGGCCGGCGGUGGGUGAGAUUGCCGUGGGCGCGGAGCUGUACGAGGAAGCGUUCGCUAUUUUCAAGAAGUUCAAUCUGAACGUGCAGGCGGUCAACGUGUUGCUUGACAACAUGAGGAGCAUCGAGAGAGCGGUGGAGUUCGCGACGCGUGUGGAGGAGGACGAGGUGUGGAGCCAGGUGGCGAAAGCGCAGCUGAAGGAGGGGCUAGUGUCGGACGCCAUCGAGUCGUUUAUAAGGGCAAGCGAUGCGACGCAGUUCACGGAUGUGAUUAGGGCGGCAGAGCAGGCAGAGGUGUUCCAAGACCUUGUCAAGUACUUGCUGAUGGUCAGGAAGAAGGUGAAAGAGUCGAAGGUGGACACCGAGCUCAUCUAUGCCUAUGCGAAGAUCGACCGUCUGGGCGAGAUAGAGGAGUUCAUUUCGCUGCCGCACGUUGCGAACAUCCAGACGGUCGGCGACCGCUGCUUCGACGAAGCCCUCUACGAGGCGGCGAAGAUCCUUUUCACCCACGUCUCCAACUGGCAGAGGCUGGCAGUAACCCUCAUCAAGCUUCGGCAGUUCCAGGGAGCGGUGGACGCGGCGAGGAAAGCGAACAGCACUCGGACAUGGAAGGAGGUGUGCUUCGCGUGCGUGGAUGCGGAGGAGUUCCGCCUUGCGCAGCUCUGCGGCCUCAACAUCAUUGUGCAAGUCGACGAUUUGGAGGAGGUGAGCGAGUACUACCAGAAUAAGGGGAGGUUCGAUGAGCUCAUCAGCCUUAUGGAAAGUGGCUUGGGAUUGGAUCGGGCCCACAUGGGUAUCUUCACGGAACUGGGAACGCUGUACGCAAGGUACAGGCCGGAGAAAUUGAUGGAGCAUUUGAAGCUCUUCUCCACAAGAAUCAACAUCCCCAAGCUCAUCCGUGUCUGCGACGAACAGCAGCACUGGAAAGAGCUCACCUUCCUGUACAUUCAGUACGACGAGUACGAUAACGCAGCGACUGUCAUCAUCAAUCACUCGCCGGAGGCCUGGGAGCACAUGCAGUUCAAGGAUGUGGCGGUGAAGGUCGCCAACGUGGAGCUCUAUUACAGGAGCAUUCAGUUCUACUUCCAGGAGCACCCAGACUUGUUGAAUGACCUCCUGAACGUGCUUGCUACGCGGGUUGACCAUAGCCGUGUCGUUGACCUCAUGAAGAAGCAUGGGCAGUUGGCCUUGGUGAAGCCUUACCUGGUUGCAGUGCAGAGCAACAAUGUCGCGGCCGUCAAUGACGCUCUCAACGACCUGUACAUCGAGGAAGAGGACUACGAUCGCCUGCGCGAGUCCAUUGACAUGUACGACAACUUCGACCAGAUUGGCCUUGCGCAGAGGGUUGAGCGGCAUGAACUUCUCGAGUUCAGACGUAUUGCGAGCUACAUAUACAAGAAGAACCAGAGGUGGAGGCAGUCUGUCGCGCUGUCGAAGAAGGAUAAGCUGUACAAGGAUGCUAUGGAGACCUGCGCGGUGUCGGGAGACAGAGAGCUAGCAGAGGAGCUGCUUGGCUUCUUUGUCGAACAAGACAAGAAAGAGUGUUUUGCCGCUUGCUUGUACACGUGCUACGAUCUCAUUCGCGUGGAUGUGGCGUUGGAACUUGCCUGGAUGAACAAUAUGGUCGACUACUGCAUGCCCUACUUGUUGCAGUUCAUGAGAGAGUACACUGGCAAGGUGGACGAGUUGGUGAAGGACAAAGAAGAGCUUCUGAAGCAGAGGAGCGAGAUGGCUCAGGAGGAGAAGGAGGCUGUUGCCAAGCAGAACAUGUAUGCAUCUCUCAUGCCGCUGGCACUCCCAGCACCCCCAGCUAUGAUGCCAGCUAUGAUGUGGGCUAUGAUGCCGGCUAUCGUGGCGUUCCCCCCAUGCAUUGGGUGGAAUGCGUACGGAAUGCCCCCCAUGACAGGUUACUAGGUGAGACUUUGACGUUGUGAGCAUUGUCUAUUGCUUCCGGUGUACCCCCUCCACCUCCCCCCUCCCCCCCCCCCAACCAAAAGCUGUUCAGCAUCUUUUGCAUCUUGCAUUGGAGGAUGACGGAGGUGGAGGACAGUCUGAUUCAUUAUGGUGGUCGGAGUCCGGAUUUUGUUCUGGGAUGGUCAAGGCGUCUUGGAGGUACAUAUAUAUAUAUAUUGUCGAGCAGACGACGUGCCAUCUCACUGAUUUCUGCUGUUUGGCAGAUGCAUGUGUGUCGGUCGUUUUGCUGUCGCUGCGGAUCGAACCUGUGAUCCGUCCUAACGGAGCCGUGUGUUGUGGAAAAGAGCUUUGCUGGGUUCUGAUUCCGGACCCUAUAUUCUUAGUAGGUAGUACCAGUAGGUGAAUAAGAGUGGGAAACUCAUAACCUCUCCCCUUUUUAGCCUUUUUUCUCCCCCCUAUAGCUGGUCCUAGGUACAAAUGUAGUUCCUAUAGGCUCUCAACUUCUUCUACAAGCCUAGAUUUCUCCCGGUUGAGCUGAAGGAAGCUUUUCCCAAUAGAACAACUCGACAGUUGCCCUCUCUCUGGAAAGAAGGCAGGUUGCAGCACCCAGGCCGAUGCCUGGAUCUUUUCCCUAUGCCUGCCUGGUAUUGCUCUCCCUUUGACUUCAUCGUGAUGCUGUCUGGCCGACGAUGCUACGUCCUAGAUGCUUGCUGCUCCUGCUGCAGCUGCUGCUGCUGUUCCAUCUAUCCCUAGCGAUGGAGAGGGAGCUCCUUCUAUCCCUAGGGAGGAAGAGGGAGCUGAAAGCACAACUUGAGGUAGUCACCCGGUGUAGACAGAACAGUUGGAGACAGGUAGAGAGUUGUGUAGCCAGAGAGUAAGAGAAGGGGGGGUGAAAUGGUCGUGGAGGAGGGGGGUGGGGUUGUGAACCGUGUUGGCAAUCUUUCCUGUGUGGCGGAUAAUCUUAUGCCAGCUUGCAUCCUGUGACUGGAGAACAUCAUCUUUUUAUGAGGAAGGAACAAAGGGAGGUGGUAUCUGUGGUAGUGGACCUGAAGAGUGGGCUAAGUGCGUGGCGUUAGAACUUACAAGUGAUUUAAUCUGUGUUUGUGUAAUAAUCCAUUUUGUUGUGCUUAUGCUGUCCACCAUGUAUGAGUUGUGUGGACCGAAUCUUGAGGGACUUUUAGUGUGCACUUCAUAUAUGUGUGCUGCCCCAGCUCAAAGAAAACCUCUCCACGCUUGACCUCCUUCGCCCUUUUUUCACACAUGCACUGGUUAAACAGAAAUAGAGGAGGAGAAAGAAAUCUAUCCAUGCGAGAAAUAGAAGGAAAAAAGAAUCUAUUCAUGCUAUUACAGUAGUGAGUUGUCCAGUAUGGGUGAUAGUGGAGUUCUUAGUGCAGUAUAGAGGAAAUGUUCACAUUGCAGAACACAUGACAGCAAGGAACUUCUCUGUCUGUUUUGGGUAUGAUCUCUCUCUCUCUCUCUCUCUCUCUCUCUCUCUCUCUCUCUCUCUCUCUCUCUCUCUGUGUGUGCCUGAUUCCUCCUCCUGAUCUUUCUAUGACUUGUCUAAUUCCCUUUUUUCAGCGUGCAUUCCUGCUUUUGCGGGGGGCCCACGAGAAAUAUCCUGCCGGGAAAUUGUGGAAGAUUCAUUAUUGCUAGCACACCUUGAGCCUCAACGGUGCAUUAUCUACAAUUGGACUGUCCUCAGGACACAGGUCAGAAGUCUACGGGCGACCUUGCCUCACACGCGCUACAUGCCGCCGCACCCGGAGUUUAGCUCCAUCCUUCCACCAGUAGUCUCCCAGUCGGUGCUUUCUGCCAGCCACGGAGGCCUCAGGGAUGGUGCCGUCAGUUCUUAGGGAUGUUGCCGCCAGUCCUUGGGGACGGUACCAUGCUUGUGGCCCCGCCAACAAGCCGGCGAAUACCUCUGAGCUACGAUUUCAGCCUGUAAGGGUGACACCGAAGCUGUGGGCGGGUGGAUGCAUUCCAACAUCACUCACACUGGUGGAAGGACGAAGCUAAACUUCCGGUGCGGUGCCGUUUGUGAGGGCGGGAGUGAAGUGGAAAAUGGAGUCAGCGCCCUCGCCGCAGCUGCUGCUAAUCAACGAGCACUUAGUUUUGCGUCCCUGAAGGCUAUAUGACCAACGACCAAGUUAAUGGGGUUUACUUUUAACCCACUUUGUCCUUCGAUUCUUGUUGGUCAUUAUUGACUAUAGCCGACUGUUGUCGACUCAAGUGAUUGGUUUUGGUUCAUGUGAUGGCAUUUGUUGCAUUGGAGGUUUAGGUUUGUUUGUGUGUGAAGUACAGUCCUUACAGAGUUCAGGGUUAGGUGGAGAGAGAAGGGAGCCGGAGAAAUGAUUCCUUCCCGUCCCUGGACACAAGGUGGUGGAAGAUGAGGGAGAGAGAUAGAGUAGGAGUGGUACUAACUGGAAUUGGUGGUGGCUUGUUGGUAGAAGUUGACAAUUGGCAUUGUUGCAAGGUGUUUUAGGAAAGUGGAGAUUGUACGAUGGAGGGCCAGUAGGUGCUUUCUGCCAGCCACGGAGGCCUCGAGAAUGGUGCCCUCAGUUGUCGAGGAUGCGGCUGUCAGUCAACAUGGUCCUGGCAUCCCAUCCCUGUCAGAAAAGGCCCUGCCAACAAGCCGAUAAGUACCUCUAUGCUACGAUUUUAGUAGGAAACAGACUCAAGGUGAGGUGAACGGUCAAGGUACAGUUCUGAGAACAAUUUAUCACGGGGGAAAACACUCAAGGUCGGCCGUGAACUUCUACGCACAAUCCUAACGACAAUCCACUUGUAGAGAAUCCACCGCUCAGGCUCAAGGUGGGAUGACAAGAAUGAAUCUUCUGCGAUUCU